AUGAAUGUCAUCGCUUUCUCAAUCUAUGUAUAUCUAUCAAAUUGGCUGAUUCUAUCUAUCUAUCUAUCUAUCUAUCUAUCUAUCUAUCUAUCUAUCUAUCUAUCUAUCUAUCUAGCUUCCUUUUCUCUCUCUAUAUAUAUAUAUAUAUAUAUAUAUAUAUAUAUAAUUAAGAGAAACACGGAUAUAAGAGACUUCUCGGUCCCGACAACUCUCUUAUAUCCGGGUUACAUCUUUUUCAAUCUAUGUAUAUCUAUCAAAAACUGGCUGACUCAAUCUAUCUAUCUAUCUAUCUAUCUAUCUAUCUAUCUAUCUAUCUAUCUAUCUAUUACUUUUCUCUAUCCCCUCUUUAAUAUUUCCUCUUUCCACUCUCUCUAUUUAUUUCUCUUUCCCUCUGUAUAUCCCGUUACCCACACACGAGUUGAGAUUCGUGAUCAUGGCAUUCUUUCCUAUCUUUCUUGCCCCCUACUUUUCUUUUCUUUCUUUCCCUUUCAUCACAUUACUUUUAUUUUAACUUCUUACUUUCUCUUUUCUUCCUUUUAUUCUUUAUCACUCAAUUCUCCCCCCACCGUCGUUCAUGUUUCUCUUUCUCCCCCGCUCACUCUUUUUCUCAUUAUGCCAGUUUCUCUAUCUCUUUUUCUCUCUCCUCUUUCUUUUUCUUUGCUUUUCUAUUUUUCUCUCUUUCUUUCUCUCUCUUUCUCUAUUACCUUAUCUCUUAUGAGAUAUAUUAUAUCUUAUCUCUCUCUCUUUCUUCAUUUUCUCACUCUAUGUCUUUCGGCUUCUAUUUUUUUUUGUCUCACUCUCUUUUUCUCUCCCACCCACAUUUCUUUCUUUCUUUCUUUCUUUCUUUCUUUCUUUCUUUCUUUCUUUUUCGACUUUGCUUUUAUUUGCCCCAGUUUUAUUUUCUUACGUUCUUUUUUUUUACUAUAUUCUUUUUUCUUUUGUUUCCUUUUUUCUUUACUUUUUUCUUUUCUUUUUUCUUUCCUUUUUUCUUUCCUUUUUUCUUUACUUUUUCUUGACUUUUUAUUUUCUUUUUUCUUUCCUUUUUUCUUUUUUUUUCUUUCCUCUUUCUUUUCUUUUUUCUUUCCUUUUUCCUUCUUUUUUCUUUCCUUUUUCCUUCUUUUUUCUUUCCUUUUUUAUUUUCUUUUUUCUUUCUUUUUUCUUUUCUUUUUUCUUUUCUUUUCUUUCCCUUUUCUUUCCUUUUUUUUCCUUUUUCUUUCCCUUUUCUUUCCUUUUUUCUUUCCUUUUUCUUUCCUUUUUUCUUUUCUUUUUUCUUUCCUUUUUUCUUUUCUUUUUUCUUUCCUUUCACUUUUUUCUUUCCUUUUUCUUUCCUUUUUUCUUUUCUUUUUUCUUUCCUUUUUUCUUUCCUUUCUCUUUUCUUUUUUCUUUCCCUUUUCUUUCCUUUUUCCUUCCUUUUUCUUUCCUUUUUUCUUUUCUUUUUUCUUUCCUUUUUUUUCUUUUUUCUUUCCUUUUUUCUUUCCUUUUUCUGUCCUUUUUCUUUCCUUUUUUCUUUCCUUUUUCUUUUCUUUUUUCUUUUCUUUCUCUUUCGUUCUUUCGCCUUUUUGUGACUUUCUUUUUUUCUAUCCUUCAUGUUUUACUAUUCAUAUCACUUUUCUUUUCUUCUUUUUUCUAAUCGUCUUUAUUUCUAUUCUUUCUUCUUUCCUUAUUUCUUUUUUAUUCAUUAUAAUUCUUUCAGUAUGUGCUCCUUCAAUUUAUAUUUCAUUGGCUAUUCAGACUUUGAUUUUGUCUUCUCAUUUAUUCUUCAUUUACCGUUUCUCUUUCAUUUGUUUUUCUUUCUUCUUACAUUUCCCCAAUUCUUUGUUCGUUUUUCUUCCUUCCUAUUUUUCUCCACUUACGUUUCUCUCAUUUAUUUUUCCUUCUUCUCAGUAA